AACAUUGCUGGCUGGCUGUUCGUGUGGGGUGUAUUGAGUGCGAAUUGCGGAAUGUGGACUCUACGUUAAUUAAUUAUUUGUCUCUGUUGCGGACUGUCGAUUCAGCCUUCAGGCUUUCCGUAUUAUAAAUGCUCUUCUCUUCAGGCAGUGUAUUGCUAUCCGAGCCAAAGAUUCUAUUGAAGAGUAAUUAGACUUACAUUAAAUUGCUUACAGUAUCCUUUUCAAGAAACGUACUCGCCCAAGAGUAUCUUUAAUCACAUUGACUAGGAUCGCUCCUCGGGACUCUGCAUAUUUAUUCAUCGUAGCAGAAAGUAGUAAGCUGAUUGAUCACUGCUACUACAGAGCUACGUAACUACAAAUACGCAUAAUCUGCACUUUCAAACAUGGAAUUUAAAAUGCACGAAUAUACUCAUGUUUUAGUUGGAAAAAUAAGUGCUGAUUUUAAACAUAAUGUUGAGGACAAUGUAGAUUUUGAUGAUGCCCGACGCCAACACGAUUGCUACCUUCGGCUGCUGAGAGAAUUGAACGUAGAUGUAAUUGAACUAGAUUUUGAAGGUUCUAUGCGCGAAAACCUGUUUCUUGAAGACAUGGCAGUUAUAUGCCAUGGCAUCGCGUUAUUGCCGAAACCAAAGUCGGACAUUAGUGCCCAGAACAUGAAACUGCUUAAAAAGGUGCUGAAGGAAGACCUCGGGCAGACUAUUAUCGAUCAACUCGAUCCAGAGGCAAGCAUUUGCUGUUCAGAUGUCCUGUUUACGGGGCGCGAGUUUUUUGUGGGCAUCUCCGAUACAACUAACGAAGCUGGGGCUAGUGCUGUCGCAGAAGCGUACCCAGAGUUCCCCUGCACUCCUAUUAAGGUGUCUAAGGGAGCCGGAAAUCUGAAGAAAUACAUUACCGUUGCUGGGCCUGACAUCCUUUGUGUUGGAGCCAGUAAGGAAGCCAAGGAACUACUGAAGAGAAUGGAGAGGGAGGCAAAUUUUUCCUACCAAACGCUUACUGUGCCUGAGGAUGAAGCAUCCAACUGCCUUUACAUUAAUGGCACGCUCAUACAUCGCGCUAUUGAAGAAAUACCUGAAGCGUUUAAGGUGUUUUGUGAGAAAAUCGACUUUGCCAGAAGAUCGAUUUGUUUCUCCGAGCUGGCCAAACUGCAGAUGGGGCUCAGCACCUGCUGCCUGUUGGUGAGGAAGCCUUAAAGAGUUGUCAUGAUAAGCAAUACAGUAUUUGUUUUCUAAGUCUAGCCUUAAACGUACAAAGCCAAUGCUUUAUUACUAUUGCAAAAGCUAAACAAAUUUUUCACUAGAUCUGAUUAUUUUUCACAUGCUUUUGGUGUAUCAUGUCUGUUAAAGCACAGACUGCGAAAUUUCGAAUUUAUCUUAGACAGAUAUAAUUAUACUUAUAAAGCUGUUGUACGGAAGAAAGUUAUACGCGGCAUUGAGGAUGCCAUUUUAAAUUACCUUUUAAACAAAGGCAUAAUAUGUUUACAUAUACUAUACUUACCUCAUAUAAAUUCCAUUCCCUAAAUAUCAAGACUGAUUCCGUAAUAGUUAUAAUAUUGCAAUGUUUAUUACAAAUUUUCAAAUAGCAUUCCCACGUUUAGAUAUUAAUUAGUAUUCCAAUAAUAUAUUCGUAGUUUUUAAAUAGGUAUAAUAUUAUGAUGUUUGUUAUGUUUGACAUUUAUUGAUAUACAUAAAAUAUGAAUAUAUAAUGUGUAUGAUCUAGCUAAAAAAAAUCAUUUUGUGCACCAUACUAUUGUACUAUGUUAACACGAAAACACAUUAUACGUUAAAAAUGUUAAAAAUGAAUAACAAAAGUUCUGAUUGUAAUAAAAACUAUAACAAAUUUUAUUUCAUAUUACUAUAUUGUUGUUAGACUUAAGCUUCAAUUGUUUUUGUUUUGUGUAAUUAGUGUGAUCUUUUUUACUAUACGAGUAUAUAUAUUUUUUUUGUUAUUGAGCACAAGAUAUUAUAAUAGAACUGAGUUCUUUAUAUACCGCCGCACAAUCUGAUUAUCAUAUGUUGUCGCAAAUAUGUAAGUAUAAUAAUUUUAUUUUGAGCCCUGUGUCUAAUUAGUUUAAUAUAGUGAUAAAUCAUCAAAAGAUACAUAUUUUUUCCAUUAGUAGACUUUGAAUCAAAUUUAAACUUUUAAUAUAUACUAAAAUAUGUAGUUCAAAAAAUUCAAACUCUCUUUCAAAAUAUUCGAGUAUAUUCUGUUUGUGUAAUAAAAGGAAAAAUGAUAACCAAAACGAACCUUUAAAACCAAGCCAUUUAUUUUUUGUUUGGGUACAGACAGAGAUUAAAGUUUCUAUCAUCUAAAUUUUCGUUUCCAUUCUUACGACACAUAAAACUUAUCUCUGGGUAUAUAUUCCACAUCUGUUAUUUUUCCCAAAAUAUAUAGUGUUAUAAAUAUGGGAUUACUAAAUUUACUCGGACAUAGUGGAACAAGGCCAAAGAUUUUUUUAUUUACUGUACUUGCCUUAGAUACCAGAAUAUUAUAGAUAUUUGGAUCACUCAAUAAAAUUUCCUCCUCUGUACAAUAAAUAUAUUGGAUAUUGCAUGCCUUCAUAAGAGCCUUUAAUGUUGAAAUAGAUUUUUUAAGAAUUUGUCUUCAAAUUAACAAUGUAUCUCAUUUUGAUAUUUAAAUAUAUUAAUUAAUAUAAUAAGUAUUUUCCAGAAUCUUUGAAUUUCUGUGAUUGUUUUGCAGAAAUGUAAAGUAUUUCUAUGAUAUUAUGUAGUACUGUAAUAUUUAUAUUUUAUAGAUUGCUUAAAGCAGUUGUGUUAGCACAUAUUAUUAUAUGCACCUUUGCAUUCCCUGACUAGUAUUAAUAUCGAUAUAUUACUUAGAUAUAUUAUAUGUUGUAGACACAUUCUUAUUGUGUUGUGAUGUUGUGAUAGCUAUAAACAACACAUGCUUGUGAUAAUGUAUUAUUACUGAGACCUGUUUAUAAGAAUCUGUACUAGCUGCCUUUUUGGUGUUUGUUGAUUGGCGAAAAAUAAAUACAAUAUUACUUAUAACUGCCUUCUGCGGAAUAGGACGGUUUUUCGAACACAAACUAAAACUAAUGAAACUAAGAGAUAUUCUUACAAAAGCACCAAAGUAUCAAAAGUGAUUAACCAAGUACAAUAAUUAAAAGUACAUGCAUAAUUAAUUAAUGUUACAUAAAAUGUAUCAUCCAUGUAACAUGAAAUAUGGUAAGCAGGUAAGUAUAUUGUGAGAAUGGGAAUAUAAAAGUAAAUAAAACUGAUUAAGUUGUGGUCUAGAUUAUAUUGCCCUAUUGUUACUGAUAAUGAAAAUUUUAAAGGUAAAUAUGUGACUUAAAAUUGAUUGUGGUUGUUUAUAAAACUGUCAAUCGAUUUAAACUUUGUGUGCCUAUUGCCUAAUGUUUGUCAAAUGUAUAUGGAAACACAAUAUACAAUUAUUAAAAUUCAUUUUCAUACCUGAUUAUAUUCGGUAAAUAUAAAAAUAUUAUGGUUCAGUAAAUCAUAUUUAAAGUUAUCUAAUUAUAAUAAAUAGGCGAGAUAUAAUAUCUACGUGAAAGUUCAUCGGCGUUAUGUUAUUGGAUAUUGAAUAAUUAUUGCAAAUAAAUAAGGUCGUGGUAACAAUUUUUACCAAUAAUGCUACUUUUCUUAAUGUAUCGACGCAUAAUGCAUUCUUAUUGUAUUUAUCCUGCAAAAAUAUUUUGUUUGGUGAGAAAAUAAAUGAACCUACCAACAAGUA